AUGAAGAAAAGCAAAUUUCAACAACCAAAUAUCAGAGCGAUGUCUCUUGAUAAUAAUAUAUCUAUUGAUAAUGAUAUAUUUACUAGUAAUAAUAAUGUUACUAUUUCUAAUCAUGAAGAAGAUAAUAAUAAUAUUACUAUUUCUAAUUAUAAAAAAAAGCUGAUUUUAACAACUAAUUAUCAAGAAACAAUAUCUCUUGAUGAUGAUAAUAUAUCUACCACUUCAAAUUAUGAAGAAGAAUUAAUUCUAUAUGAAAUAUUUGAUAAUAAUUCUCAUAAUUGCAAAGAUGAAGAUCAAGAGCAUAUACCAAAAUUUAUA